AUGUAUCCCGCUUUUCGUCUGCGCGCCUGUUCCUCGGCUGCUGGAGACAUACCAGAUCCUAGGCUGUACGCAACACCGCAACCUCCACAGCGCGUCUCGAAGCACGGGUCACGCGGACGCCGAGGCGCCACUUUCGGCGUCUACGCAAAGCUGGAGGACUCCCAAAGCGCCCCCUACGCGGCCUUCGAGCCCGACGCGCCUCCUAGUACAACGCUCCCGUCGCGGAACUACGACGACAACUUCUACAGCCAGCCCUCACCUGGGUUGAGGAUGGACGCCGUCACGGGCGGGCUGGACGUCCCCGCCUUGGCCAAGGGCCUCAAUUUACUGGUGAGCAUUUUGUGCGUGGCCUGCGCCAUCGCUUUCAUGAGUGAAGAAGGCUCGUAUUUGAGCGUCAUUAUUGGGUUGGAGACGGCGUUUUUUGCGGCAGCUCUAGCGUGCGUCGAGUUACAAUUAGAUCCGCCCCUGUCCAUUUUAAGGAGCGUCGUGCCCUUUGUCACGACCCUGCGAGGCGAGGCUUUUGUGGCCGUGCUGGGCGUGCUCUUCCUCUUCGCGAUGGGCACUUUUGGCGUCGUGAUGGCCAUCAUAUUACUCUGCACGCUCGCGCUGAACGGCUACGUGGCCGUGACGUCUCCUGAAAGUAUGCAGCGCGACGGCGGCGGCGACGCGGGGCCGCAGUUCGCCGCGGCGGGGUAUGAUGUGGACGACGCGGCGUUCUCGCCGGCGGCGCAGCCGUCGACGGCGGACCUCUAGUUGGUUCGUCGUUCUCUUCCUUCGCGGAGGUCAAUAAGUAUUCCAUUUGAGCAG